UCCCGCCUGCCCUGACCGCAGUCCCAAUGAAGUCGAGGGCGUCGGUGCGUCGUCGUGUAUUCACCUGAGACACUUGGACCACCCUGCGGUCACACAACCUCCAUUAAGUCCGCCCCCGGCCAGCGAGGAGGGCAGAAGGACUCCUACAAGGAUGAAAGGGCUCCCACUCCUGUCCCUGCUCCUCUGGGUGUGUGCAGUGUAUUUUGUGGGGCUUUACCUAUUCGUCGGCGGCUUCCUGCUGGUCCGGCUGGAGGUGAAUCGGACCAGCACCUGCGGCGACGUACUGGAGCCCCGGGGAGAGUCGAGAGACUUUUGCGGGACGCAACCGCGCUUCCGUAGGGUUGUCCUCCUCAUCGUGGACGCCCUGAAGAUAGACUUCGCCCGGUUCGACCGCAACAACACUCGGCCCCGGCCCUUUGAGAACAAACUGCCCGUGUUUGAGGAGACGGCCUCGUCCAGGCCGUCCCAGUGCCGCCUGUACCCCUUUCGUGCCGACCCGCCCACCACUACUAUGCAGAGGAUCAAGGGCUUCACCACUGGGUCGUUACCCACCUUUGUGGACAUUGGUAAUAACUUUGCUUCUAGUGCCAUAUUGGAGGACAACCUCAUUCACCAGCUGGGUCAAGUAGGCAAACGAGUGGUGUUCAUGGGCGACGACACUUGGGAGAGUCUUUUCCCAAAGAAGUUCCACCGUUCUCUGCCCUUUCCCUCUUUUAACGUCAAAGACCUACACACUGUCGACAACGGAAUCCUCCAGCAUUUCUACACCACCAUGGUUGGUGACGACUGGGAUGUCCUCAUUGCUCAUUUUCUUGGGGUGGACCACUGUGGUCACAGGUUUGGCCCCGACCACCCGGCCAUGGCUGACAAACUCACCCAAAUGGACGGUGUCAUCAGGUCUGUGAUCGAGCGUCUACAGAAUGACACGCUGUUGGUGGUGAUGGGAGAUCAUGGGAUGACAGACACCGGGGAUCACGGAGGAGAAAGUCAGAAGGAGACUGACGCCGCCAUCUUCCUGUAUAGUCCUUCCCCUCUCUUUCCAGGACCGCCGUCACAGAGAGAACCAGACGUAGUGCCCCAGACGGACUUGGUUCCCACCCUGGCCUUGUUGCUGGGAGUGCCUAUUCCUUACAGCAGUGUGGGCCAGGUUCUCCUACCUUUGUUUCCCAUGCAUGGCCAUGGUGCAGUUGGAGGCCUCAGUCAGCUGGAGGCGCUGUGGAUUAAUGCAAAACAGGUGAACCGCUUCCUAGAGGUGUACUCUGCUAUGGCCAAAGACAUCCCACCAGAGAGCCUGGCCAGCCUGAAGGAUCAGUUUGCAAGCCUCUCUUCGGAAUUCCUGACAUUAGUCAGAGAGAGUCACACAUCUUCCCCUGAGCUGGCAGUCACCAUUCAGGCCUACCUCACCUCUGUCCGGGACACAUGCCAAGCCACCUGGGCCCGCUUCAAUCCGCUUAAAAUGGCAGCUGGCUUAAUAGUCCUGGCACUUGCCUGCCUAAUGUGCUUCACGGUGUCUGAGCAGUCGCUCGUGCUCAUCAGAGAAAAUCAUUUUCGACUCCAGACUGUGGUUGUAGCGGCGCUGGGUGUCGGGGUUUGCGUGGCUGCCGGUCAGCUGUUCUUACGGGGCUACAUGGAGUUAUCGUGGUGCCUGGCCGCUACGGCUUUCACCUCUGAGCUCCUCUUCCUGUGGAGGACCCAUCAAUCCAAGACGGCUGUUGUUGUUGUUAAGAACGGCGCUAAGAGCGCAAAGAGUGCGAGCUGGAGUACCCCACCUUACCCCCUCGCCCCUGCUCUCUUGGUCACAUUCCUUCGUUGUGCCUCCCUGCUUUCUGACAGCUAUGUCAUCGCUGAGGGCCGGGUUGUCACCUUCCUGGUCUUCUCUUUGGCUCUAUAUGUUCCCCUGCGUCUCAACUGGGAUGGCCUCCUUCUGCCCCCCAACCACGACCUUCUGAAGCCUGCAGGGCUGCAGCUCUCAACUGCGUCCUCCCCGUCCGCUGUGAGGAAAGAAAGCAUCACAUUCCUAGCAUCCUUAGGUCUCCUUGUCGGCAGCCUCUACCUCUCCCUCUUCUUCCAUGGCUGUCGGGAGGAGCAGGGCGCUUGUCAGCCGUCACCCUUCCUUUCUUCCCUCUCCCGGGUGCAGGACAACCAACUGAAGAACAUUUACUACAUCCUCUCAGUCCUCUCCCUGGUGGUGUGGAUGCAUCUACUGAGACGGUGCCUCCGCCACUACGGGAACCUGAACUCGUCAGGUGGAACGGUAUUCACGGCUUGCUGGAUUCUACCCUUGCUGUCUGUCUGUUUGGGGCUACAUUGGGCGGUCAGCGCCUCCUCAGGGGAGAGCUUCAGGAACCUGGCCGAACUAAUCCGACUGGCUCAGCUCGUCCUUCCCAGAGCGGCCUUUUGUCUCCUGGGACUGGGACUGGCCCUAAUUUGGCUGGAUCCGCUCACUGUGUUUGUGAAAACCCGGGCUGCAAGUUUGGAUAAAAGUUUGUCCCUGCCACCUCCACGGUACCGCGCCAGCACCGGUAUCAGCCCCCAAGCGGAGCUGCACCACCUCAUCCCACAAAUAUACCAGCGCAUGCGGCGCUCGCUCGACGAUGGAGAGGCCAGCACGGGCGGUGAGGCUGACAACAGACCCGCUGUGGAGGCCUACGGCCUGGGAACCGUCUACUCUGCCCCACUGCUUCUGUUCUGUGGGCUGCUGGGACUUGGCCUGCUGCAGCUGCACCCAGAGGGCAUGGCUCUGUCUUUCCUCCUGCUGUUGUUUGAAAUGGGGGCUCUGCUGCACAUCCACGCCUCCUCCACAGCCCUCUCUGGCCUGCAGGGAGCCUAUUCUGGUGGCUUUAAUGUGCCCUGGACUCCAAUUGUGUUGUGGUCCCUAGCAGCCACCCAGUUCUUCCAUGCAACAGGUCACCUGCCCACCUUCCCUUCCAUACAGUGGGGGGCAGCCUUUGUGGGAUUCCCUGAUGGGCACACCGGCACCAUAUUGCCGGCCUCGCUGGUUACACUCAACACAUUUGCCUCUCACGCCUUGUUUGCAGCGGGUUGUCCGUUGCUGCUUUUCUGGCCCUUGGUGCGCGAAGUCCGUGGAAGUAGGGGAGGAAAAGCCAACGGGGAUCAAAAGGAGGACGCAGUGAUGGAGAUGAGGCUGAGGGAGAGACCUCAGCUUUUUACCUCAGCUCUUCUGCAACUCUCAACGCGCUACCUCUUUAUUCAAGGAACACAGGUCUUUGCUUCAGCCUGUGGAGCUGCUAUCCUCAGGAGACACCUAAUGGUGUGGAAGGUUUUUGCACCCAAGUUGAUGUUUGAGGCCUCGGGGUUCCUGAUGAGCUGCGUGUUUUUGCUACUUGGAGUCUUGUUAGUGCUGAGAGUGGAUGUGGCUGUCGGACGUUGGUUCAAAAGACUCAUCACUGAUACAUCCAGGUAGCACAGGCACACUGCUGCUCUACCACUGCAACCCACUCGAGCCCACUGUGCCACAGGGGGAAUGGACACGGUGGUUAGGUUCUUUCAAGGAUGCCUCACGAAAUAAAAGAAGACACUCUUUUUCAUAUAGAGCAUUGACACUGAAGCCUCAACAGUGGGCUGAGCCUGCCUUGUUUUCAAGCAGGCAACUUCAACUUUUUGAUACAACGAUUCGACGACGAGCUUUUAGACUUUCUCAAUAGUCGUCACACUCUGAAUGUUUCGUUAUGGUGGGGUGGCCGACAGUGACAAACGCUCCAAACACAGAAAUGAUCCCAAACCAAAAACGCACAAAUACUAUAUAACAGAGGUGUUUUUAAACCAAUUCAAUCACUAUUUGCUAAGCUAUUUGUAAAUGUUUUUUUAUCUAAACCUUGUGUGAUAUAGGUAAGGGUGUAACGGUACACAAAAAUUUCGGUUCGGUACGUACCUCGGUUUAGAGGUCACGGUUCGGUUCAUUUUCGGUACAGUAAGAAAAAAACAAAAUAUACAUUUUCUGCUUAUUUAUUUACCAAAAUUUGUAAACAAUGGCUUUAUCCUUUUAACAUUGCUUUAAAAUAGCUGUGUGUGUGAUGGAUGUGAGCCACCACUAAGCUGAUCAGUUCAACAUCAGGCAGUCAUGAAUGCUAAGCAUAACAAUGACAUACAUAUACACACAGGGUCCAUUGCCAGGGUUAAUGCAGUCAACAUACACUACCGUUCAAAAGUUUGGGGUCACAUUGAAAUGUCCUUAUUUUUAAAGGAAAAGCACUGUACUUUUCAAUGAAGAUAACUUUAAACUAGUCUUAACUUUAAAGAAAUACACUCUAUACAUUGCUAAUGUGGUAAAUGACUUUUCUAGCUGCAAAUGUCUGGUUUUUGGUACAAUAUGUACAUAGGUGUAUAGAGGCCCAUUUCCAGCAACUAUCACUCCAGUGUUCUAAUGGUACAAUGUGUUUGCUCAUUGGCUCAGAAGGCUAAUUGAUGAUUAGAAAACCCUUGUGCAAUCAUGUUCACACAUCUGAAAAUAGUUUAGCUCGUUACAGAAGCUACAAAACUGACCUUCCUUUGAGCAGAUUGAGUUUCUGGAGCAUCACAUUUGUGGGGUCAAUUAAACGCUCAAAAUGGCCAGAAAAAGAGAACUUUCAUCUGAAACUCGACAGUCUAUUCUUGUUCUUAGAAAUGAAGGCUAUUCCACAAAAUUGUUUGGGUGACCCCAAACUUUUGAACGGUAGUGUAUAUAAAAUAAAAACUAAAUAUGAUAAGGCUCAGAAUUGGUUUCUUAACAAAACCUUUCUACAUAUAAAGUGCAACAUUUCCACAUAUAAAGUGCAACAUUAAACUGCUUCAAGUUGUUGCUCAGAUUAAAUAAAAUGACAAAACUUUUCUUCUACAUACAAAAAGUGCAACAUUAAACAGUUUCAAGUCAACUCAGCCUCAGAUUAACUUUUCUUUCCCCAACCCCCAGCCUUUAACCCUGUUGACUUUCACUCAAUUUUCAUGUUUUUUGCCCGAAAAAUCCGUUUAUCCACAUUGUCUGCAGAAAGAGCAGACCUGCUUGCAGUUACAAUGUCUCCAGCUGUGGAAAAUACCCUAUCGCUGGGCACGGAGGUAGCAGGUAUGGCGAGGUAGUGCCUGGCUAACUUGGCAGUAAGAGGAUAUAUGGGCUCAUUGUUCUUCCACCAUAGAAGUGGGUCAAAAUCUAGUUUUUAAUGCAUUAUGGUCUUAAAUCUGCUGCUAUAAAAACACCAACGGCAUUUGUUAUUGCUUUAGCCCUGCCUGACUCGCCGAGGAGAAGCUGCUUGAAUGCGGUGGGGAGCUGUGUUUGUUCGUCUUUCUCUUCGUUGAAGCGAUGUUAUCCGUUGUUGUAUUGCACCGCGAAGCCGGAAUGUUCCCAAAUGGGAGAUCUUAACGAGGCAAGAGGGUCUUCCAGCUCUGACUUUUUCAUGUUGUCGUAGCCCGGUCGUUGCUAGCGUGCCGUGUGUUGUGCCUCGAUAUGCAUUGUUUACACAACGUGCGGUGCGCUACUUAAUAUGUCCGUGUGGAAACUCGUUUGGUACACCUCUGAACCGAACCGAAACCCCCGUACCGAAACGGUUCAAUACAAAUACACGUACCGUUACACCCUUAGUUAUAGGUGACAAAGCAGACAGUGUUGAAUAUGUAUUUUACUUCAUUACCGUAAUUUCCGGUCUAUAAGCUGCUACUUAUCUCCAACUCUUUGACCGAAUUCUGUCGGUACUACCGGAUAUCGAAUCAUGUAAAAUCAAACAAUGCCAUAUUUUGAGCCCUAUGUUGCACGUGCCGUCACAUCCGGUGGCAAACUCGUCACGUCCAGUUGCAGGUUAAACACCGGCUAAACGUAAACAAUCACUCAAGCAGCACUCAGGGCGGACGUAGCCAAACUCUCUCUUAGUAAUGUUGCAAUUUCCAACACCAACAAAGCAACUACGCUUUGUAUAGAACGCUCAAAUUGAAAGUGAGGCUCCACUCUUUUAAAAUGCGCUAACUUGAUGCCAAGUUACAUUGGAUUUGCCAGAGACAGGAUACUAUUAGCAUUAGCGACUUUACAUGGCAAGUUCAACGCCUCCAAAUUUGGUAAUGAAAACUACAGCUAAGAUGAAUGUUACAAUCAAAACAGCUGCUGUGCAAUAAGCACAAUACUUACAGUAUAAACACUUUGUAGGGCGCAACAUACAAUAGACAACAUACAAUAGAUAGCCUAUACUGUACUGCCAACUAAGAUCUUGGAAGUGCGACUGCAUUGCUAACGAGAUUCGAAUGGUAUAAUAAAACAAGAUAUAACAACUGGACAGCACAGUUAUCAUAAUCAGCUCAUUUUUGAAUGUCACAUUAAAAGAUACUAUUUAAUUAUCAAACAAUUAACAUUUAUCAACACACCUUUAGGUACAGAAAAUUGGUACUGUUAAGUACUAGUGUCGAUUCCGAGGUACCGGGAAUCGGUACUUUAUCGGUUCAUUUACAGUACAGGCCAAAAGUUUGGACACACCUUCUCAUUCAAUGCGUUUCCUUUAUUUUCAUGACUAUUUACAUUGUAGAUUGUCACUGAAGGCAUCAAAACUAUGAAUGAACACAUGUGGAGUUAUGUACUUAACAAAAAAAGGUGAAAUAACUGAAAACAUGUUUUAUAUUCUAGUUCCUUCAAAAUAGCCACCCUUUGCUCAGAUUACUGCUUUGCACACUCUUGGCAUUCUCUCGAUGAGCUUCAAGCACACCUGUGAAGUGAAAACCAUUUCAGGUGACUACCUCUUGAAGCUCAUCGAGAGAAUGCCAAGAGUGUGCAAAGCAGUAAUGUAAAUAGUCAAGAAAAUAAAGAAAACGCAUUGAAUGUCCAAACUUUUGGCCUGUACUGUGUUUAUAUUUAAGGCCCAAGCUGUUUGUUUACAUGCUUUUUUUUUAUUUCUCUUUGCUAUUUGGGCUUAUUGGACCCUAAUUAGAAUAAAAACUAAGAAUCAUCUUUUUGAUAUGAUGUACUUAGUCCAUAAGUAACAAACGGGUACUUCAUGUUUAGUGACAUGAAUUCUUAUUUUUAGACUUUUUCUUCCAAAUUCCAUUGUAUGUUAUACUCUUCUGACACCACCAGAUGGCAGUAUAAGUGUCCACAUAAGCGGUCAUAAGACCCCAAUUCAGUAGUGUACACAAUUUUGGAAAUAAGAGCUAAAAGCUGCUGUCCACGCAUGUGGCCACUAAGGCCUUCAGAGGAUAUUAUUAAGAUGCAAUAUUUCACGUUAACUCCAAAGUGUCUUUUAAGGUUAAAAUGUUUAGGUAUAAGAAUAUUUUCACAUAGCAUGUGUUUUAUGGUGUUUUUAUGCUUCUGGUUUUGGAUCAUUUCUGUGUUCGGAUGUCGCCCCUUCAUAUUUUUUGUUUUUUUUUCCAUGCAAGAUUGUUGACGAUGCAGCACAUCUGUUUACACCACAGCUGUUCAACUGGCGCACCGGACCACCAGACCAGCCCUCAAGGUCAGUUUCAACUUGGGAGAGACAUUUUUUUUUGCAGCAAAAUUCCUAA